CGUUGAGUAUGUGUGGGAACGACAAAGUGAAGUCAAGUUGGAUCCCAAAGUAUCGCGAGAAAAAACGUUAUCAUUAUCGUUUUUUUGAAUUUUUGAGAAAAGCACGACGGGGAGCACUGCGAUCCUGGGGCUUUCCACCUUGCGAUGGGCAAGCCGGCCCUCCCUCCACGAGGUGCCGCAGCAGACGCUGCGCUCCUCCUCCCAUUGACGCGGCCCUUCAGUCAUGGCUGGGCAUGAUGGUACCGCUAAGCUCAGAGGCCGCGGCCUCCGCUUACGCACGCCCAUGGGGCAGUAGCGUGGCCUGGCCCUGCAAACUUAUCCGCAAAAGUAGCCCACCGUGGGCACCAAGCUCGGCGCACUCGGAAAGCAACCCCGAUGGCAAUCGUUGGGGUGAUACAUGGGGGCAAGCAAUAUGAAACGCCAAGCCGAUCGAGGGGAAGCCGCGACGCCACUUCGCUCAAUAUCCAAGGAGGCGAGGAGCCGAUCGAGAGCCGCAGACGCGCGAGCGGCUGAAGAGGUCAGUUGGAGGGGGUGUUCGAGGGGGGUCCUUGUUUUCAGGGGCCCCAUUUGAUAAGACUUUCGGCGCCCGACAGAUAGGCGAUAACGCUUCUGGCGCCCGACACUCUUCGCCGAAGCCCAAAAACACGCGCUAAAUUUUCAGAACCUCGAGGGGCAAGCGGAUGACAGGUGGGCGCCUUUUCUGCUUGCUCGUUAUCGUUUUUUUGGCGAGUGUUUGGAGGGGUCGGUGGAGGGGGCGGCGGACCACCUCCGGCCCGGCUAGAGGACCAGAGCGGCCACAGCAGGAAGGGGGCGCCGAGUCGCUAGAGGUCGGAGAAGGUGGAGCGCCAGAGGUGGCGGAGCGGCCGCAAGCAGCAGGGCUGCGGGCCAUCCCCUGACACUCGGGCCCCAGAUUCGCGAGGGGACAGGGAAACAGGCUACACGCGUGCGCGUCUGCCAUUGCUGGAAGCGCCUCCCGGAGAGCGCAGCACCACCCAGCAGCCAGAGCAGGACAGCAGCGCGCGCGGCGCCGCUGGUUUGUUGUCUGGGUCAUGGGAAGCGCAGCCCACCCACAGACGCGGCAAGAGGAAGCGGCGAAUUCUGGCGCCCCUCCAUUCUUAUGUCCACGCGCACAGCGUCCCACCAAUGCCCGGAAUUUGCUACCCCAAUCUGAAAAAAUCAAAAAAACGAUAAUGAUAACACUUUUUCCUGCGAUACAAAGCCAUUCCGGAAGCAUUUUUGUCGAGACGCGUGGAUGGAGUGUAGUACGUUGGAGACACCGUGGAACUACUUUGGUUACCCCUCUAUGCAGCAGUGGAACAGCGCGUGUGGAACUGGGCCAAUGAUCGUAUCGCCGUUUCUGAGCGACGUGCCGGUUACACAAUUAGGAAGUUGCUCAGGUGAGUUUCUCUUAUUGAUUCACCAUUGAUUUUAUUUUCUUCAAACCAGUCUGGCAAGAAGCCUUUUUUUAACCAGAUUUUUGAUAGAUCUCAAACCUUUUAACCAGAUUGAUAGAUCUUCAAGAAGAAGACUUUCUUAUAUGCUAUCUUCCAUCACAAAGAUCAUACCGACAACUAGGUGGACAAUGAUUGACGUGUUGAUCCCUAAGAACUCCUACUUGUCAACAGCAACAACGAACAACCCCAAGGUGUUUCCGACAUAUGCUUAGCGCCGCAGCACAACGGAAGUGGGGUAGAGACGCACUAUGUGAAGUCUGCGGCACGGACUGUCGGGAUGAGUCAGUCUCAGAUGGAGGCGUGGACGAACUUGCAAGAGUUUACAUGCAAAGAUAUCGGCGUCAAGAGCCUUAAUCGGGAAGUUCUCGAGAUGGUUGAGAAAAAUCCAGAAACACAAAUCACACCAGCCAAGCUAAAAUUUUUGUGGCGAGAUAAAGUCGUAUUUUUUUGA